CAGCGCGGGUUAUGUGUGCGUCUCGUUGGGAUAUUUCGCGAAAUUUUGUGCAAUAACGUCACUGAGUGUUAUUAUUUGGAUACACCUGAGCAGUUUGUGUAGUAUUGCAUCAAUGUACUUGGAUUAUAUUGCGUAGAAUAUUAAAGUUUCAUUGGAAGAAGUGAAUUUCCCUUCGGGAACUAACAGUGGUUACUGUCACAACCCAGAGAACUUCUAAUGAUACAGUGGUACAGUGAUGUGAUUCAAGCUGACUACCACAACUAACUCCAGCCGAGUCUCAGAACUGAGCGAAGUGAGCGAGGCAUGUGACACGAUGUCGGACACUGCCCCCGAGCCGCCCCCAGUCAAGCCGCCACCCCCAGAACCGCGGAAAGCCUAUCCCAAAGUUGUCACCUUCGUUACUCAUAAGGAGGAGCUGGUGUCGAGCACUCCCAAUGUCCGUAACUGGAGGGGGAUGCUGAUCGCCCUCCUGGUGAUAGUGGCAGUCCUGGGUCUUAUCCUCUUCUCCAUUGUUCUUCUCUCACCGCCGGACGAGGGACCUAGAGUGCAAGGGACUAAGUUUACUUUAGAUCACAUCACGAGUUCGAUAUUCAAGACCACACCCUUCAAUGGAUCUUGGGUUUCAGAAACCGAGGUCGUGUACCGAGAUAUGCACGGCGGCCUCAGCGUUUACAACGCCCACAACAACACAGUCAGAGUGCUCAUGACUAAUUCCACUUUUGUAAGUCACUGACAUUAUAAUCUUGUUUCAGAAA